GUGCAAGUGGCUGGAAGAUCCCUUCUGAGCCUGGCAGAGGAGAAGAAACAGGAAGGGCCCCGGGUUCUGAGGUCCCUCCAUAGAUGGAGAGUAAUUGGGUGGAUCACACAAAUCUUUCUCCUGAUCUGUCUUUCAGAGGGGUCCCCAAGGAUAGAAGUCAAGUUCAGGAUACUUCACUAGCGGACAAAAUGGAGUCACCGUUGUCCACUGAAUCAUCUCCUCCUAUUGGUGAAGCUGAAAGAUCUGCUGGAUUCCCGACUCAGGGUCCUGUGUCCUUUGGGGAGGUGGCCAUCCAUUUCAACAGUGAAGAGUGGUUGCUGCUUGAUCCCAGCCAGAAAGCCCUGUAUCAAGAAGUCAUAUUGGAAAUAUCUAGGAUGGUGGCCUCUUUAACAUUUGAUGCGCAGAAGAAUGAAAUUCACCAAGAGCCAAAUUUAGUGCCAUUGCAAAUAAUCAAAACUGAAAUUCCUGGGGAGACAUCUACAAAUAAGCGGGGAAGGAGGAAACAUGAAAAGAAACACAACCGGAGAGAAGAACCUAUUCUUGAAUGUGUGGAAAUGGAUCGUUUCCUGACCCAACGUGAUUUCCCCAAAGAAAAUACGGGGAAAUGUCAAAGUAGAAAAAGACUCAAAGCAAACCCCAAUAUUAGCAAUCACUGCAAAACUGGAAAGAACUUCAGCAAUAAUAACGAAUGUCUGAAAUCCCACAAAAGGAUCCAUACAGGGGGAAAACCUUAUAAAUAUGUGGAUAUUGGGAAAAGUUUCGGUGUGAAGAGUUCCCUUGCUUCUCAUAAAAGGUUAAAUACUGAAGAAAAAAUGUUUAAAUGCAUAGAAUGUGGGAAGGGCUUCAGCCAGAGCUGUAACCUUAUUUCCCAUAAAAGGAUCCACACAGGAGAAAAACCCUAUAAAUGCCUAGAAUGUGGGAAGGGCUUCAGCCAGAGGAAUGGCCUAGUUUCCCAUAAACGCGUCCACACAGGUGAAAAACCCUAUAAAUGCAUGGAGUGUGGAAAGAGGUUCACUGUAAAAAGUUCUCUUACUUCUCAUAAACGGAUCCACACAGGAGAGAAACCCUAUAAAUGCCUGGAGUGUGGAAAGAACUUCAGGCAAAGCACUGAGCUUGUUUCCCAUAAACGGGUCCACACAGGAGAAAAACCCUAUGAAUGCCUGGAGUGUGGAAAGAGCUUCAGUGUAAAGAGUGCUCUUACUUCUCAUAAACGGGUCCACACAGGAGAAAAACCCUAUAAAUGCAUACAGUGUGGGAAGAGCUUCAGAAGUAGUAGUUACCUGAUACUGCACAAAAGGAUCCAUACAGGGAGAAAACCUUAUAAAUGUGUGGAUUGUGGACAAAGGUUCAGUAGGAAGAAUUUCCUUACUUCCCAUAAACGGGUCCACACAGGAGAAAAACCUUAUAAAUGCAUAGAAUGUGGGAAGGGUUUCUCCAGUAGUAAUUAUCUGAUGUGCCAUAGAAGGAUCCAUUCAGGGGAAAAACCUUAUAAAUGUGUGGAUUGUGGGGAAAGGUUCAUUAGGAAGAAUUCCCUUACGUCCCAUCAAAGGAUACAUACUGGAGAAAAACCCUUUAAAUGCAUAGAAUGUGGGAAAGGCUUCAGGCAAAGCUGUCAACUUAUUUCCCAUAAACGGGUCCACACAGGAGAAAAACCCUAUAAAUGCCUAGACUGUGGAAAGAGCUUCAAGCAAAGCGGUAGCCUUAUUUCCCAUAAACGGGUGCAUACAGGAGAAAAGCCCUAUAAAUGCAUGGAGUGUGGAAAGAGCUUCAGUGUAAAGAGUUCUCUUACUUCCCAUAAACGGGUCCACACGGGAGAAAAACCCUAUAAAUGCCUGGAGUGUGGAAAGAGCUACAAAAACAGCAGUUACCUGAUCCUCCAUAAAAGGUUCCACACGGGGGAAAAACCCUAUACAUGCCUGGAGUGCGGAAAGAGCUUCACGAUCAAGACUAAUCUUACUUCUCAUGAAAGCAUCCACACAGGAGAGAAACCCCAUAAAUGUCUAGAGUGUGGGAAGAGCUUCCACCGAAGCACUGAACUUAGUUUCCAUAAUAGGAUCCAUACUGGAGAAAAACCUUAUAAGUGCACAGCGUGUGGAAAGACGUUUGCUGCCAAUAGGUCUCUUUCGAACCAUAACAGGACCCACGCAGGAGAGAGCUCUCAGGAUCCCGACAGGUGCCCUAAUUAACAAAAUGCUCUAUAAAUGCCUGGAAUGUGGGGAGAUCUUCAGUUUUAUAAGUCACCUUACUUCCCAUAAGAGGAUCCACAGCAGAGGGAUAUAGAAAUGUAUGGAAUG